AUGAAGAGAUUGUUCGCUAAGUAUCGACAAUCUCGAGAUGAAGAUCAUGAAGAGAUGUGUACAACUAAUGCUCUUGUGGUAGCAGCAGUAGCUGAAGCUGAAGCUUCCUCCGGAUCACGACGACGGGGUUCUCAACCGGGGCGUGCACCGAAUGAGGAGAGAUUUAGAGAAUCAAGAGGGAAAAACAUGAUGGAAGAUUACUUUGUGGAGCGUCCAGUUUUCAGUGAAGAGGUAUUCUGGACACGGUAUAGGAUGAGUCACAAUGUUUUCAACCGCAUCUCCAGUGACCUUUGUUGCUAUGACCAGUACUUUGUCUAUAAAUCAGAUGCUUCUAAGAAAGUUGGACUGCUUCCCCAACAGAAGCUGACAUGUUCCUUAAGAAUGCUUGCUUAUGGUGCCGGGGCAGAUCAAUGCGCUGAGUAUUGUCGAAUGGCGAAAUCUACCUCCAUCGAGGCUCUGAAACGAUUUACAAGAGGAAUCGUUAAUCUAUACUCGGCAGAAUACCUCCGGGCUCCUACUCCGGCCGACCUCAGAAGACUUCUCGCCAAAGCUGAGAGAAGAGGUUUUCCUGGGAUAAUUGGAAGCAUCGACUGCAUGCACUGGCAAUGGAAGAAUUGCCCAAUAGGUUGGGCUGGAGAAUACAGCGGUCGAAAACUUGUGCCCACUAUCAUCCUCGAAGCAGUCGCUUCUUAUGACACAUGGAUAUGGCAUGCCUUCUUUGGAAUGCCUAGAUCAUGCAACGACCUCAACGUGCUUGCUAAGUCCCUGUUGUUUGACGAGCUGACUGUUGGUCGAGCCCCUCAAAUCCAAAUUCAAGUGAAUAACAGGAUUCACAAUUUAAGCUGCUAUCUCGCUGAUGGUAUCUAUCCGCAAUGGGCGACUUUCGUGAAAUCAAUUCCAAGGCCUACACGACCCAAGGAUCUGAAGUUUUCUGAGGCUCAAGAGGGGUACAGGAAGGAUGUAGAAAGAUGUUUCGGCAUUUUACAGUAG